AUGAGCGUCCACAACUCCGAACAAGCCAUUGGCCAAGUCCAGUCCUCGCUCGACGGGAAGUCGCACGCCAGAAUGUCAAUUUCAUCCACCGAAAUCAAGUUCGAGAAUAACGGUGAUCUUGUAACCCGGACACAGCAAUGCAGGAUACUUGCUUCAACAUGCCUCAUGGCUUUUACGAUAAUAGGCCUCAACCAGUCUUUCGGUGUUUUCCAGGCACACUACGGACGGCAAGCAUCUGCCCUAGAGGGUGUCCUUCUUCAAGCCGAGCUGUCACAACGCUCGUUGAUCUCUGCCGUAGGCUCAUUAGGAAACGGUGGACUCGUCGCCGCCUUUGGGCUGUUUUACUAUCCACACCUACCUAGGUUGGGAGGUCACGUCAAAUAUUUGUGUGGACUAGGCACUGCCUUCAUCACGAUUGGCUUCGCGGCUGCUGCAGGAAGCCAUAAUCUGACAACGCUUGUCGCCUGCCAAGGAUUACUGGUUGGCAUUGGAGCUGGCAUCCUUAAUUACGUUCUUGCGCCUAUUUUACCCGAGUAUUUCCCACAACGGAGCGGACUUGCACAGGGUGCCAUGUUCGCUUGUGGCGGUCUAGGGGGUAUGGUAUGGGUGUUUGUACUAACGGCAUUACUCGAAAGCAUUGGAAUCCGGUGGACGUUGGGACUCCUCUCUAUAUUGAGCUUCGCAAUUCUGUCCAUCUCAAGUGCGCUCGCCCUUCCGCCGCGAAAAUUCGAAAGGCGGUCUACGGAGAUUGUCAGUUGGAAGGUUUUCCGAGAUCCUCUUUUUGCUUCUCUCGCAAUCGUGAACUUGAUCAUGGCAUUGACGCUGGCCAUCCCUACGGCAUUCGGAUCUGAGUUUGCCCAGUCUAUAGGGGCCAGCAUCACCCACGGAUCAUAUCUCUUGGCCAUCAACUCGGGAAUUGGAAUUCCGGGAAGAAUAUGUACCGGCUGGCUCUCAGACAAGAUUGGACAUUUGAAUAUGCUCAUAGUUGCAACCGCCGUAUACGCCAUUGCAACCUGGGCGUUGUUCUUGUCAUCCGCAAUGACCAGCAAUCUGGGAUCAUACGUUGGUAUGACUGUUUGCUAUGGAUUGAGCAGCGGUGUCUUCAACACCGUCAUGAACUCUGCGCAGAAGAUGCUGUUUGGGGCCGAAAUGUACUAUCCCAAAAGCGGCGCGACCAUUACCAUACGCGGGAUCGGCUUCGUUAUUGGCACGCCUAUUGCCGGUGCAUUGGUGUCCAGGAUCGCUGGUGAAGACUUGGUGGGGAGAGACUUCUUGAAACUUAUCGUUUAUACCGCUGCGUUGUUGACGCUUUCGCUGUUAUGCCUUCUGAAUGUUCGAAGGCUGGAUGCGCGGGGGAAUGGGUGGAAGCUACCAUCGCAAACCUCCUCUACCACUGACCUGGAGGCCGCGAUGUCGCUUACGCCCUCCAAUCCCCGGAUGAUGAGCCCAGCCAUCGGCUCCGGCAUCAAGCUCAAUCCCUCUCCAUCCCCAUUCUUCAAGACCACCCCGCGCUCGCCCGUCAAGGCUGGACGUGCCGAAGCCAGUCUUGCAUUGCGCCAAGUCAUUGGGACCACGACAAACUCGGCCAAUGCCUUCGACAGCCUGCCGUCGGGGAGCAGCUUUGGUUACACGGCGGGUGCUGCCGCUGUCAUUGCGUGCAUAGACGCCCAAGGGCACGUCACCCAGCGUUUCUACCGCGCACGACCUACUACAAAUCCCAUCAAUCCCUCGGCAUCCAUAUACGGCGGGCCCUCGACACCCACUCAGAACGAGAGCCGCAACCGCACUGCCGUCUCCCUGCGCGACGCUGGCUUCGGAGGCUCCCCUCUCCCGUCCCCUAGUGCCCACGACUGGGCAGAUUCGCCGAGCAACAGAGCCUGGGGUACCAAAGACAAGAUCAAGGCCGCAACCUGCGUCAGCUUCAGCCCUGAUGGCAAAUUCUUUGCUGUCGGAGAGACGGGUUACAAACCGCGCGUACUCAUCUUCUCUGCCUCGUCAGAUGCCGCCUCAGAUACCCCACUCACCUCCCUCUCGGACCACACUUUCGGCGUCAACUGCGUAGCCUUCAGUCCCGAUUCUCGCUUCCUUGCCAGCUUGGGCUCCGCCAACGAUGGCUUUUUGUACAUAUGGCACAUCAACUCCCGCACCGGAGCUGCUACGCUACAUGCUAGCAACAAAUGCGUCAGCCAUAUCAACCGAAUGGCGUGGAUGGGAAACAAGCUGGUGACUGUCGGUGUCCGACAUGUCAAAGUUUGGAAGGUAGACGACCUCAAUGCGACAAUGCGCAUCUCCAAGGCGCGUCAAAGCGAUGUCUCGUUUCUCUCCGGCUCCACACACAAAACGCUACCAGGAAGGAAUUGCAUUCUAGAGAGCUUGAAAGAGUCGACAUUCACAAGUGUGGUCGCCAUAGCCCGAAACAAGGCCGUCGUAGCUUCUGACAAAGGGGAUAUAUGUCUUAUUGACGACACCGAAUCCAAUCAUCGCUUCUCGAGAUUGGUUGACGCCGGCUUUGCUGUAAGCUCUUUAGCUGUCGACGUGAAAGGGCGACUCCACGUUGCUGGUAGUCAAGGAGCACUCAAGACUUUCAACAUCGAGGAGAUGAUUGGAAGGCUAACUCCUCCGCCCUCACCUCCACCGCGCGUUGAAUCUCCCUCCACCUCGGUUACGGAAUGCAAUCAAAUCGGCGUGAUAGCCUGUCUCAAAGACUAUCUCAUCACUGUCGACACCCAUCGAGCCAUCCGAUUGUCACAACUGUGUUCCGACGAUGAUGAAGGCGCUGUGGGUAAUGUCGUCCACACCUUACCUGCGCAUGGAAACGCUGUACUAGGAGUACAUGCUGAUCUCGCGCAACCGAACGUGUUCGAGGCUUCGUACUAUACAUGGGCUGCUGACGGUACGGUUAUCUUCUGGAGUCAAGGGACGUUCAAGGGCUUGCUUCAAGUACAGCUUGAGCAGCUGGACGAACCUGAUGCCGUCCCUAACGAGCUAAGGACAGUCCGUGCCUCCACUGAUGGAGCUUUCCUCGUUGCUGGUGACAAAUAUGGUGUUCUACGUUUCAUCGAUUGCAACACUAAAACCUGCACGUUAGAGUUCAAGGCACAUGCCAGCGAAAUCACCAGCAUUGCUAUACAUGAGGAGUCGGAUAUGACCCUCGUCGCGUGUGCCAGUCGAGAUCGUACCGUUCAAGUGUUCACACGUUUAGAAGAAACCUGGGAUCUACUGCAAACUCUGGACGAGCACGUAGGAGCAGUGAAUGGAGUGUCUUUCUCUCGAAAUGGCACGCGUCUAGUGUCGUCCUCAAGCGAUCGAAGUCUGGUGGUCCGCGAACUUUUGUCUAUCGAAGACGAUCGUGGUACAACCCGAGCUUUUGUGAUGUCACGAGCUAUCAUGUUAAAAGCGACGCCGGUGUCAUCGGCCUGGGACAUCGAUCAGGACGAUGCUCUCUUAGUCUCGACUAUCGAUCGCCAGGUACACAAAUUUGACAUUCGAACAGGUCAAUUACUCAGCAACUUCCGUGCAUGCGACACUGAUGGUGGAGAUGCAGUCGUUCUGUCUUCUUUGGUCCACAUACCACGCAACUGGGGUGCUCCUCUAAUUGCGGGUGUGUCAAGCACUGAUAAAUCGAUACGCGUCUACGAUGAAAGCGGCUCCCUGGUCGCUCGCGAUUGGGGCCAUACGGAGGGCGUUUCCGAUAUCGCGCUCGUAGAGACGCCUGAGCACGUAAGUGAAGAAACGAGCGAGAAGUCGCUAGUCACAGUUGCUGUGGAUGGAACCAUAUUUGCAUGGGCUCUGGCUUUGCAGCCUAAUCGUCACGACGUCUCGAAGUCUAUGGAUUUGCUCGCCCCAAACACGCCUUCCAACCAGGAUUUACUGUCUAGCAAGCCACCAUUACGACGCGUCCUCUCGCAAUCUGAAAUGGCCCGUUUUCAACGCUCACCUGUAGAAGAAACACCACCGUCCAGCGGUAACAAAUCACCAAAGCUGCGGAAAAAGGUAUCCAAAUUCUCCUUGGCCCCGACGCCGAAACUCGAACCGUCUCCUAUAACCAGUAGUUCACGCGAAGGCCGGAUAACAGCAUGGCAAGGACAAGGCACAGGGCGCAAAAACAAGAACCGCUCUCCAUCGCCACCUAGUCCCAGAAACCCGCAGCUUGGUAAACGCCGUGCAUCAAUAGAUGCUAGAAACCGCACGAAGGCCCCUGUGAACGAAUUUGGCAGCUUAGGAGCGUCGACAGAGAGCCUAUGUAGAACGCUUCGAGCCUACAGGAAACGUCUAGCAAACACCAGCGAUACUAUGAGCCCGGAACUCGCAAAAGAGGUCGAGAGGGAGCUUGCCGCUACUGCCAGAGCGAUUGGAGACAAGGUGAAAACCAAGGCCUUUGAGGAGACGGUCAUGGUCAAGCUGCUGGAUCAGUAUUCAGAACGAUUGGUAAACAUGCUCGACGAGAAAAUCGCAGCUAGCGUUGCACAACGGAUCAAGAGCAUGCAGCGUAGCAUAGCCCGUGAUGUGACAUCAUACCCGACGAAGCAUGAGGCAACAGGUGCAUCUAAUUAUUCUUUCAUGAAACGGUUUUUAAGGCACAUCGACAGUUUAACGCGCAUCAUGUCACCUCCUGGUACUUCUCUAUCCGCCACUUCGCGCCCAUCGACCCCCUCGAGACCAGCGCGUCUAAAUGACUACGUAGUCCUAUCGCAUCCACCCUGCACGCAAAAGGCAUGUGUCGUCAAACCGAUAUCAAUACAAGUCGAAGACGGGCCUGAUGGCUCUGUAUCAGGGAUCCUCCACCUACCAUCCACAAUAUCAGCCAUAUUAGCAUCCAAGACAGCGGCUAUACUCCUUUCUGGCGCAGGAGGCGAUGUCGUAGGACCAUCGGCUAUCUAUCAUUCUCUAGCAGAUAAACUAGCCUCGCUCAAGCAAGCCGUGCCGGCAUUGCGACUCGACUAUAGAUAUCCAGCACGCAACAAGUAUUGCGUGAGAGACGUCCUAGCAGCCAUGAAACAAUUAGAAGAGCCUUACCAGAUCGAGCGCUUUGUGCUGGUAGGUUGGUCUUUUGGUGGCGCUCCUGUGUUUACUAUUGGUGGCCAAGAUAAAAGAGUGGUCGGGUGUGUGACCGUCGCUAGUCAGACAGCAGAGACGGAGGGUAUACGCUCACUUGCGCCGAAACCACUUCUACUCCUCCACGGUACAGGUGAUCGAACGCUGAGUCCUUCGUGCUCGGAAAAACUAUAUCGUAUGUAUGGUACAGAAGGUGAUAAAGAGUUGAAGCUUUUUGAUCGAGACGAUCAUGCAUUAACAAGAUAUUCUCUUGAGGCAGAGCAGCUCAUUGGUGGGUUUGUGCUUCGUUGUGCUGGGUUAGAUCCGCGGAUCGAUAAAGACGGUUUGGCAGAGAAGCUGGUGGGUGAUGAAGAGAAGGUUGAGUUGAUGGAGAAGGGGGGCGACUUACGACGAAACGAGAGCGUGGAAUAA